GAAUUAUUCUGGAAUACGUAGAAGGUGGUGAGUCAAAGACCAGAUCAAUAGAUCUGCUGGAUCUUAGACCUGAAUGUUACAGCCUUAGUAGAAGAAAUCCAAAAAGGAGAACCUCUCAUCACAGCUCCCUGCUUGGAACAUGUCAUACAUCUAGUACAAAGAUUGCAGGAGAAACUAGGGGAAAAACAGAUUCACAAAUUCUCUCUUUUCAAGGUCAGAGGCAUCUUUAAAAUAAUUUUGGGCAUUUGGGGGAGUUUAAGUUGUGAUACUGUGAGUAUGUUUUUGCUGCUGUGUAUUGUGCUCUGUAACUGAUUUCUUGGCAUGUUUCAGUCCUCUCUCCACCUUUAGAGCAACUGAGUCUGGCCUGGAAUUCCCCCAAAAAGGCUGAGAGGUACAACUGUUCCUAGACAUUGUUUACACAGGCUUCUGCACUAGGGUGUAUUUUGGAUGGAGAGAAGUCAAUCUUUUAUUUGUCAAAUAAGUUUGUGGGCCAGCAACACCCAUAGUUACAUUUGAACAAAACCUGUACAUACACCCCAAGUAAAUUAGCUUUUGGGAAAGGACCAAAAUAUCUUCAUACAUGUGUCUGCUUGGUCUUCAUUUGAUGAAAAUUGUGGGAUUUAUGCUAUUAUUUUAUGGGGUUUUUUGCUACAUGCAGUUGUCAUUACAAAUCCUGGUUUUCAUUACUUUCUGUCAUUACUAUUAUCUUUGAAUAUUCAUAUAUUGAUCUUUGGCUUACAGACAGCACUUGAAAUAUUAUUUUUAAAAUGUAGGAUUUUUAAGAAAAACGAUUAGAGAGACAGUUCAGAGCUCCAAAUCCAGGACUGACUCUGUCAGAGGAGAAUAGAAUUUAAUUGUAUUUAAUUGAAAUGAAACUUUCUUCCAGAAAUUGCAUGCUACAAUCUGACAUUGUUAAAGGUUGUAUCUUUAUUGUGUCAGCAGAUGGCAAUGUGUAGCUGUUAAACUAUGUUGGUCAGUGCCAGGGUGUUUAUUGUUACUUUAAAUUAAAAGAGAAAAAGAAGUUUUGUGUUGGUUUGUUCAGCUAAAAAAACCCUUACAUGUUUCUAGAUAUCACUUUGGUUCUUUUGACCAACAAUACUCAUCUGGGUGAAUUUCUGCAAAGAUAUAUGUAUUUAACCUUGAAAACAGAGCUGUGUAGCAAGGCAUCUUAAAAGUUUCUCUUCCAAGUUAUGCUUUCAACUGAGAUAAUGCCUUGCUUUUCAAAAGCUUUAGAAUUGUUUCCUCAUCACAGAGACUGACAAAUCUUCAAAUACUUGUUCAAACUUGAGUGUAAAUGAUGUAUUUGUUCAUUGUUGGGUCUAGGGCUGUGUCUGAGCUUCUGUGUUUGGAAAUAAUAGAAACAGGCAAUUCCAAUCAGUGCUGGCUUAUUUCCUUCGCUCAAGAGUGGUUAGAAGUGUGUGAAAAGAACUUUUUUGUUGUUUGUUUCAUUUAAGGCUUCCGAAUGAAACAUGAGUACAGGUUCUUCUGAGAUACUAAUAAAAUAUAAGAGAUGGGUGGGAGUGAGAUUUUUUUUUUCCCUUAAAAAUGUUCCGUGUGUGCAUUGUUUGGGAAUAAAUGGUUUUUAUUCUGGUUGCACUAGAGUAUAAUCUGAAACAAGUGUAUAAAGUCAUCUUUUUGUUAUUUCCAGUAAUUGUGAUGAUGGUGUGUUAGGCACCCUGCAGAGAAGUGAGCUUUUAUAGCAAUUUCUCAGAUUUUAAACUACUCCAUGGCAUAGGAUGCUGUAGUGAUUUGCAGAUUUUUAUCUUAGGUAGAGCUGUAGCAGAUUUUGCAGAACUGAGGUAUAUUUUUUCUAGUAUUGCCUUAGGGUUUGAUUAUUGUAUCAUUUGCACAGGCAAUUCUUGCUGGCUCAGAGUUCUGUGGAUGAAGCAACUGCAGCCCUGGGCAUUGGAAGAACAGAAUUAGUCUCAUAAUCCAAAAUUACAUAAAACCCCGUCUUGUUUUCCUCCCUUUUUCAUAAUUUUAAAAUACUUUUGUUGUUUAGAACUGCAUGCCUGUAGUCCUAAAAAUGUUCUGGGUGAAAUUUCCAUGAAUUUCCAUAAUUAUUGAUUCUUACAUGCAGAUGGAUAUUGGGGCUCUUUUUAAAAAAAAACCACAAUAUUUUUGUCAUUUCCCCAUCUUGAUUGCUCAUUCCUUCUUCUAUAGCUGAAAGUACAACUUGUGUUGCUUUCUCUAGAGAGCAGAAAUUGCUGUUUCUGUAACAUAAAAUGCAUUUUCUGUUUCUCUCUCCCUCUCAGUCCUUCACUUAUCAAUUGUUAUUUCCAUUUUGAUGAGUCCCUACUCUUCAUAGUAAAAGAUCUGUGAGCCUUUCUCAUUUUCCUUUUGGAGGCAGGCAGCUUGGAAAACUUCAGAUAAGAAAAAUAAGUUGAAGCUCUGGUAAUGCCAGUGAUUGAAUCUCUCUGUUCACAAACAGUUUCUUCUUCAUUUUUACACCACAGAAAAGACCUAGUAUUUUUAACAUCCCUUUACUUCACUUUCAGCAAUUGCUGUGAUUUCCCAGUUUAUGAUUUUAUUGUGCUUUAGACUUGGGGAGAGGGCAGCUUGUAAUAAGUGACAAUUGUUCAAGUGCAAACUGUGUUUUACAGCAGCCAAUUUAUUCAAACACCAACCAGAUUAUAUUUGUUUGGUUCUUUUUAAAGUAUCGUGGUGUGGUAUCUUCCAUAUGCAGUAUCUGAAACUAUUUUCACCUCUGUCUAAUAAACCUUAGUAUGUUAUAAUGUUAUGAUGACCAUGGCUCAUUCACAUGAAUGAUCCUAUACUGUCUUAUUAAAGCACCUUAGAAACAAUGUUAGAGAACAGUGCCCUCCAUAAUCUAAAAAACACAUGCAAAAAAUGAAAUCCUGUCUUGGAAUUUUGUCUUACUGAGUAUCUGUCAUCAUCUUGUCAUGACCUCAUAGGACAAAGCUGUAGCUUACAUCUCUUCUUCCUGUUUUAUAUAACAAGGUUGAGUGCCAGCUGGAAGCAUCCCAUACCCUAGAAGUCUCAAAUUUAACUGGUUUUCUUGGUUCACUAGGUGAGGCUUAGUAUUAGUUGGGAUUUCUUUCAUCAGUGAUCUCACAGUCAUGGUCUCCUCUUUUGUUUUGCCCAUUCAGCUGUGGUCUAGAGUUGCUUUGCUGGUCCCAGAGAAGGUGAAGAAAAUGCAAAAAUGGGGGAAUAAGCCAUUCAUUCAAGUAAAUAAUAAAAUUGAAAUCAAUACGAUAUAACAUCUUCAGUGAUCUCCUGAUGAUUAAUGUGGGAUUUCUUCUUCUUUAACAGGAGGAGGAGAAAAAUUAAUCUGUUGAAUAUUUUGAGCCAUUUUGUUUAUUUUGUUAGCAUCAAAUGUUUUUCCUUUCACUGCCCCCGCUUCUAUUCCAGGUGCUUAGAACACACAUAUUGCCUCUGACUAAUGUCGCAUUUAACAAAUCUGGUUCCCGCUUUAUCACUGGAAGCUAUGAUAGAACCUGCAAACUGUGGGAUACAGCAUCGGGAGAAGAGCUGCAUUCUCUGGAGGGACACAGGAACGUUGUCUAUGCAAUAGCUUUCAAUAACCCCUAUGGUGACAAGAUUGCCACUGGAUCUUUUGAUAAAACCUGCAAACUGUGGAGUACAGAAACAGGACAAUGUUAUCAUACAUUCAGAGGACAUAGUGCAGAAAUAGUAUGUUUAUCAUUUAAUCCUCAGAGCACACUGUUGGCAACUGGAAGCAUGGAUACCACUGCCAAAUUAUGGGAUCUAGAGAAAGGAGAAGAAGUAGCCACUUUAAAUGGGCACUCAGCAGAAAUUAUUGCUCUGUCUUUCAAUACCACUGGAGACAGGAUCAUCACUGGCUCCUUUGACCACACAGUAGCAGUAUGGGAUGUUGGCACUGGCAGGUUGUUACAUACUUUAAUAGGCCACCGAGGAGAGAUUAGCAGUGCCCAGUUCAACUGGGACUGUUCUCUCAUUGUCACUGGAUCAAUGGACAAAACAUGCAUGCUGUGGAAUGCAGUGACAGGGACACACAUAGCCACGCUGGCAGGGCACAGCAAGGAGGUGCUGGACGUGUGCUUUGACUACGCGGGGCAGCGCAUUGCAACGGCCUCUGCUGAUGGGUCAGCAAGAGUCUACAAUGCAGGAACAAAACAGUGCAUUGCAAAGCUGGAAGGGCAUGAGGAUGAAAUUUCAAAGGUGUGUUUCAACCCUAAAGGGAAUUGCAUACUAACAGCCAGUUCUGAUAAAACAGCUCGGCUCUGGGAUGCUGCUACUGGACACUGCCUUCAGAUAUUAGAGGGUCAUGCUGAUGAGAUCUUCUCCUGUGCUUUUAACUAUAAAGGUGAUAAAAUCAUUACAGGGAGCAAGGAUAACUCCUGUAGAAUCUGGCACUGACAAGAAAAGGAAGGAUCCAGUUUAAUGUGUGCCUACUUACGUUGUGAGUUUCAGAGUCAAUAAAUUCAGCCUUUCAGCUUUGUUUUCUUUUACUCUCUUUGUUCAUCUUCUGUUGAAGUAGAAGAGUUACCUAAAUUUGAUAAGUUUGAUUUAGAAAUGGCAUUGCAGAACUGCAGAAGUUGGAAGGGACCUCUGGAGAUCACCUAGUACAACAGCCUGCCCUGCUCAGAGCCCUGUCAUCCAAGCAGGCUGCCCAGGACUGAUGUGGGUUUGAAUAUCUGCAAGGAUGAAGACUCCAAGUUUCUCUACAUACUGCGUAAUAUUUGAUUACGUGCAUAGUAAAGAAGAGAAGUAGAGUUUUUUUCCCCCCUCUUACUUUUAAAUGGAGUAGUUCCUUAUAUUUACAUUAGUCUGUGUUGUCUCUUCACUGAGUAGCACUGAGAAGAAUCUGUCUGUUAUUUCAGUCACCAGAGAGAAAUCAUGAUUAGUAAGAAUGAAUGCAUAGGAUAGCUCAAUUGCUUUAUGUGUAAUUUUUAGCUUGUAACUUUUUAAAUAAAAAACAAUAGUAAUCUCAUUUGUGAAAGGAGUAUUGAUAUGCACUUGCUUUGAGGACUUUUGUAUUCAUUUUUUGU